UGCGCACGGCUCUGCCGUUGCUCCGCCUUCCGCUCCGCAGCUCCGCGCGGUUGAAUGGCCUACCGUCUUUCCGCCUGCCGGGGGUUGGCAGUUGCUCUGCACCGAGAACCCCGGUGACUUGCCCUCUUUUGGCCAGAAACCCAUCUCUGGGCCCGAGCGGGAGGAGCGGAGCCUCUGAGGGGAGCGGCGACCCCGCCGACCCCGGUCUCUUUUCCUGGCGGCGGCGGCUUCUUCCGUGGGACAAUAUGUUCAAGAGAAUGGCCGAAUUUGGGCCUGACUCCGGCGGGAGAGUGAAGGGGGUUACUAUCGUUAAACCAAUAGUUUAUGGUAAUGUCGCUCGCUAUUUUGGGAAGAAAAGAGAAGAGGAUGGGCACACCCAUCAGUGGACAGUUUAUGUAAAACCAUAUAGAAAUGAGGAUAUGUCAGCAUAUGUGAAAAAAAUCCAAUUUAAAUUACAUGAAAGUUACGGCAACCCUUUAAGAGUUGUUACUAAGCCUCCAUAUGAAAUUACUGAAACAGGAUGGGGUGAAUUCGAAAUAAUCAUCAAAAUAUUUUUCAUUGACCCUAAUGAAAGACCCGUAACCCUGUAUCAUUUGUUGAAGCUUUUUCAGUCAGACACCAAUGCAAUGUUGGGGAAAAAGACAGUUGUUUCUGAGUUCUAUGAUGAAAUGAUAUUUCAAGAUCCAACGGCAAUGAUGCAACAAUUAUUAACAACAUCUCGGCAGCUAACAUUAGGGGCCUAUAAGCACGAAACAGAAUUUGCAGAACUUGAAGUGAAAACCAGAGAAAAAUUAGAAGCUGCCAAGAAAAAAACAAGCUUUGAGAUUGCAGAGCUUAAGGAGAGAUUAAAAGCAAGUCGUGAAACUAUAAAUUGUUUAAAAAAUGAAAUCAGGAAACUUGAAGAAGAUGAUCAGACAAAAGACAUAUAAAUAGUUCUGAAGAGAACGUGGUAAUGUGUUAAUAAGGUGAACUUCAUGAAGAAAUGGGCUUCAUGCAGAUGCCAUGGUGUAUCUUAGAGGAACAUAGUUGUCAACUAUGGAUUUCUCAGCAAUGGAGUCAGAAUAUUCUGUUCAGCCUUUAAUGGAAAAUAUCUGUGUAAUAAGAAUGGAUGCUGUUUAAGCAUUUUACCAAUCCAUUUUAGGAAGAUUCUAUAAUAUUAAGCACAGUUUUUAAAAAUUUUUAUUGGAUUAUAUGAGUAUCUUAUUUUCCUUUUGGCAAGCAUCAAAGUAUCAUUAUGAAUAAAUAACCUGUAUACAUUUUGUACUUCUGUAGUAGUUAGAAUUAAUGAUAAGAUUCCAAGCAUGUGUAUUUUAUUUCUUUGAACUCUUAAUCUGCCUCUGUUCUACCUCUUUUGUAUAUGAUGUGCCCAAGUAGUAAGUAUUUAAUAAAUGUAGUUUUGGACCUGU